AAUUUAUGAUAGUUGGAGAACUGCUCGACAAAGUAACCCAUCAUAUUAUAUUAUGCACAUUUAGACCGAACGCUCAUAAAUAUUUACCGAUUGGUUUCAAAGAGCACACAAUCGUUCACAUUACGAGUUUGGGCUAAUCCCAUUUUGCUGAUGUCGAUGAGCUAAAAAUAGCGAUGAACCGCUCCACGCGACAGAAAGACAGACGACAGUGCACAGGCCCCUAGUAAACAAUUGGAAGCGGCGAGAGCACGACGAGAGCCCCGCGUGUGUGUUUGAAGGGGACUGUCUUGUUGGAUGGACACACGAGGAUAAUGUUCUUGUGUAGGAUAUGGUUAUAGUACUCUUCAAUAGACAGAGUUUGCGUUCUGCUGGCAGAGCCAGCUCACUAAACGUGCGAGGCGUGUUGACAAAGCCCCGGUACAGCACACCUGUUUGGCUGUAAUAGGAGACAUCAUUUUAGCCAGUGUCAAGCCGUAUGUUUGUCCACAACAGGGAUCAGGGAUACAGAAGGAGUAAGACGCCAUGAUGGACCUUCAGGACCCAUUUUACCGCCAGUUAUUCUGGAUUUUCAUAUAUGUCACAGGUGCGUUGCUUUCGUGUGCACAUUGUCAAGGUAAUUCUCAAGAAGAGGAUGAGGGUGGCUGGAAGUCGUAUGUGUCGAAAUACGGUAAAGAGUACCCAUCACUUAACAACAAACUAAACGUUGAUGCCUUUGUUGGCAGUAGGAACCCAGAUUCCUUUCGAAAUAUUGAGCUGGAGUUUAAAAAACUGAACGCUGACUCAACAAGUCUUAAAGAACAUUUCCAGGAGUUAGGCGCCAAUGCUUCGAAAGCUCUUAAAACUGUUGACGACAUGGAUGAAUAUUUAGACAGAUGGAAGGCAAUAUUGUAUCUACUUCAGAAGGUGUAUGAUCCUACCGUCAAUGGAACCCUUCCUAUUGAUAAAAUGAGAAAAUCUGCAGCAGGACAAAUGAAAGCUAUGUUCAAAAGUGCUCACAAAAACCUACCGGCCUUGUUUGAACUGAUCGACUCACAAAUUCGAGGCACAGACGACCCAGAAGACGACAGUCUCUUGAGAAAGUAUGUGGCAAAGAAAAUCGAGGACAUGACAUCAACUUCAGAAAGUCCUAUUAGCCUGAAUCAAGCAGUGAAUGACACCCUGGCGUUCUUAAGCCAACUGAUGAAGCUUCAGGUCCGAGGGGCCCUGCUGUAUGACAUGACGUGUUCCCCAGAUGACAUCCCCUGCAGACAAAGGAUUGUCACAAUGGAACGAGACCUUCUGGCUCAGAACAAUCACCUUAAAAUGUGUUCCCCGAUGUUGAUGACAACUUUGUUCCAUAAAAAAGUUGCGAAAGACUUGUUCCUGUCGAAACCACUGACAAAUGAAAUAUUGUAUAAUAUUGAGUCACAAACGUUAUCCAGCCAACAAGGGAAAGUGGACCUGGCCUCCGCGGAUGUGAAGGGCACCGCAGUGAAGUGUGCCAGAAGGAACCCAGUCGAUAAUGAUCGUGCUACAUGGACGUUUGAAUCAGCCCUUCCCUUUGGGAAACUUGGAUAUUUUAUCCGCGGAAAGAAUGAGUGUUAUGUUGGUUUUGAUAGAUCUUUUCUGAAAUACAUCCAGGAUGAAAUGAACGACCGCAAUGCUGCUGGAGCUGAAGACGAUGAGGUCCUGUUGUGUAGUCAUGCCCUGAGACCCCAGGACAGAAACACGCAGACAUUUACCAUUGAGCCGUCGGUGGCCAACUUUUCAUCUCUGUACAGGCUCAAGAACGUGCUGACCAAGAAGUAUCUGAUGACAUCCAGAACCAAUGUAUUACUCAGUGAUGAUGUCAAGCAUAGCUACGUGGUCAACCUCAUCCUUAAGGAUUGUGAUAGACAAGAACUAGGGUGUAAUUGGGACAUCACAGAGACACUACCCAAUUGCAUUGAGAACACAUCUGACAGCUUCGCAUACACGUUAAUAUUAAAACUGUACGUGCUUAUAAUGGGGGUACUCUUCAUCAUGCUCAUUGCGUCGCUUGUGGUCGUCUGCUUAUACCGGAAACAGAUCCGCAGAGAGUACCUCCAAUACCGAAGAGUCAAUACACAAGACGUGAUUAUCCCCCCUUCUUACAGAUUUCCCAGCCGGACAUGACGUUAGUGAUGAAUUUCAUUUGACGUCAUCGUGAAAUCCAUGGAAGAUUCAGGUUAUGCAUCUCCUAAACUCAAAGUUUCCUGUGUCUAAAAACACGCAAAAAAUAUGGACAUAAAAUGAACCAUGAACAAGUUUCAGAUGUCGUCGAUUUGGGAUCGGAUUUAGCACAGUGUGGCCCAAUCGAUGGCAUUUAUAAUUCCACGGAGGUCAGUGUAUGGAUGAAUUCAUCGGAUAAAUGUGUUCAUUUCAUGAAAUCCAUGACAUGUUAUGCCAUGAAACGCCAAGUUUAUUAGAAUCUCUAAACUGUCUCUCACACUCCUCCGACUCCAGAAAUAAAGGCUGGAAACGAACCCUUUGGGUUUUAAGGACCACGGAUAUGUUGGAGUAUUGGGUUAAGGAGGCGGUCACUUAUGGAUAGUGAUGUGUUUGGAAUAGCGUGCGGCAGAUCAGCUCACACCUGACGUUGAUGGACCAUUUCAAGAUGGCGGAUUUCCAUGACUUCUCAGAAGGAUGCCAAACAUUGCACCCAAAGCGGAAAACACAUUAUAAGUUAUGUCAUAAUGAUCGCAUGUUCUAGAAUUUGACAUAAUGUUUGUAAUAUCUUUACGUGUAGUUAUGACCAAUGAGCUCCAAUUGACCCUAUCUUUCGAUUAGAUAUCAACAAUAACGUCCUGUCUGGACACUAGUAUAGCUGAAUUUCAUUAGAGGUAUUAAUUUUAACCUUAAUUCCAGCAGUUCAGUCUCAUUGUAUGAGAUACGAUUCUACUGUAUGAGUUCAAAUGAAACCAGAAAUGAAAAAAGAAAGAAAUUAGCUCGCUUGCAACAGCAAGUCAAAUACAAAUGUAAUCAAAUUAUAGUGAACGACCGAGUUUCAGUUUUCUGUGAAACUUCCACCAAGUACUCCCAGUGGCGUUGCAUUCAUUUCUCUGUGAUCGUUGGCGUACAAAUAUAAACUGCCACUUAGGUUCAGUUGUCAGGGGACCAGUAGUCAUCGCUUUUACUUCCCAAGGAAUCCAGUUCAAACAGAAUAUCCGAGCGGUGCCUAACACUUUGUCUUCUGUAAAGACCAGGGACGAAAUAAAUAUUUCAGUUUCCGCUGAGUAAAAUGAAAUUAAAGACGCUAUACUACACCCCACGGGCAAACGCGGUAUAUGUUAUCUCACUGGCCUGACUGGUAAGUUGAAAUUAAUGCGAUUGCUUCGGGAUUUGUAGCCAAUAGCUGUUGCGGCAACUUUCACCUCACAUGACGUUAUUAUUCACCAUUCUUCUGGUUUAUGAAUACCACACGCCGCCAAUUAACGGAAGUACAAAGCAGCGUUAAACCCAACAAUGCAGUGUGCCCUCCGUUCCCGACUCUGUCAUGGCCAUGUUUUUGCCCCACCCUCCCUUUUCACUAUUCCGCCAUCCCUAUCGGACCUCCAAUCAUUCUGGUGUUGUCUGUCCACCUGUCCAUCUGUCUUCUCUAUGUUAUCAAACCUCUGUCUGUUUAAUUGUGGGGCGGUCGGGUAGCCUAGUAGUUAAAGCGUUCGCUCGACACGCCGGAGACCCGGGUUCGAUUCCCGACAUGGGUACAAUGUGUGAAGCCCAUUUCUGGUGUCCCCCGUCGUGAUAUUGCUGGAAUAUUGCUAAAAGCGGCGUAAAAGCAAACUCACUCACUGUUUAAUUGUACAUCUACGACUUUGCUGUAUCGCUGUCCGUCACUGGAUAUAUACCUAAAUGCUCUGUUAUCGGUUUGCUGUCGGUCAGUUUAUCAAUUACGUGUUUUUUUUUAUAUCUCAACCAGUUUUCUGUAAAAUCGUAUGCCUAAAUAUGUAUCUCAAUUGAUAAACAUAAUCUUACUCGAAUGUCAUCUGAUAUGAAAUAUGUCAACGAGAGUCGCUAAAAGUAUCAAACCGUUAUCAGUGAGUGUGGUCAUAUUGUAUGUCAAAAGACAGGAGGGUGACAUUCUGUUUAUCAUCCAACAUUCUUCCAACAUUUCCAGUUUGUAAACAGUAAUAGAAAGUAAGAAGCAGUGUCUUAAAUGUAGAAAGUACAGCUGCAGCUUCAGUGGCGGAGAGAUUCGUGAUGUCAUUUGAUGAAGUAUCAAAUGUCUGCAAAACAUUGUGAAGCAGUUACAUUCCAGCGAUAUCUCCUAGUGAUUUUACCCAAGCGAUAUAUCCUGUUGGGGCCAUUCUUGGGUGAUCAAGUCUCUUUCUAUUUACUGUCUAUUUAUCUAUCAUCUGUCUGUGGAGAAAUUCUUUUGAAAAGUCCAUUACCCUUGAGAUAGUAGAAUAGUGGAAAGGACAGAGUGCGAAAUCAGGUUCCGCUGGAAGCGCUCGGUAAAUCUAUCACGUCAGUCAGUGGAAGUUCCUGUAAUAAAUCACAUCAUCCAUCAUGUUAUGAAUACACAUGGUAUACAAAAGGCGCCACGAUACAUUUUAACCGUAUUUUUGUUCCGUUGCCGGAACAUUAGACACAGAUGUUUGGUACCCUUACUAAGAUACUGCUCAACUGUUUACCUGCUAUACCUGAUAUUAUUUACAUAAUACGUAAUCAGUUUAGCUUAAUUGAUUUGUUAUCAAAUCGCUAUCAAAAGUUGUGUCGUGAACUAAAUAUCAUGGCACACCUAAUGUGCAUGUCAUUGCAGUGUGUAUGACUAACUUUAGUCAAGUGCAUAAACACCAACCCUAUGUAUUAUAAAGUAAUUCAAUAUGGUGAUAGUGCCCGAUCGGGGCUCUAAGAAAGUUUAGUGACCACCCGAUCGAGCUUUGUUUUUAACAUUCAGCUGUAGCUUCAAAUUUACAUGUAUUUUUUUCAUCAGCUUAGAGUAUAUGCUAGUCAUCCCUUGAUGUGCCAAUUUGUCUUGGUGCGAUGCAGUCCCCAAAGAUCAGCAUAAAUCGAAGACAGACACUUUUAUACUACACGUCAUGCACACCCUCCUUACAUCACUACCCGCUAUUGUGUAUAUUGUAUAUAAGUCAUUCAUGUACAUAUAGCGAACGUUUCCUUGCACAAAUUUCAUUGUGCAUAUUGUUGGUGUAUAUAGAACGUCUAUGAAUAUUGUCCCAUGUAGAAUAUACUAUUUAAACUUUUUUUUGUCCAUUUAUAGGGUUUAUUUAUAGUAUUAAUAUUAUAUCAAUUAUUAUAAGGGGGAAGUAAAAAACGAAACCACCAGUCGUAUAUUUAUUAACACAUUAUAAUAAGGCUUUGUUUGUGCAAGUAUGCUUAACAGAGUAACCUCCCUUCUAUUUAGUUUCUCGAAAGGGGAUGGAAGACAUUUGAAGCCAAUCAUCUUAUAGAUAUUACCUUGUAAUUUACUUAGGUGUUAGGCAGCAUUAAUUAUUCUCUUUCGUAAGCUCCAGCAUAUAUUUAAGUGUGAAUAUGGUUUAGAUUUUGAAACUUUGUGAUCUUUUUUAACAUAUUUCCCCGAUGAACGGUGAAACCAUCCCCUUUAUUCGUGGUAGGGUGAUGGUAACGAGUGUUGCAGCGUUAAUUGUUUAUGGUAUUGAGCUCUUGAUGUCAUAUUUGAUAUUCAUGUGGCUUUUGUCGUUUGACGUCAUUCAUAAGUUACAUAAUCUUCACGUGUAAUUUUAUCGUUAACCCACUUGUUACUUCCUCAAUGUUGUGUGUGAUACCAGCAUACAUGCUAGUGCCCAGUCUGGGAAUACAGCACAAAUGUUGCCCAAUGCCAGUUAUAUCAUCUUACAUUAACAUACUAGCUACUGAUUGGUCAAGGAGCGGGACAUUAUGUCCACGUAGCCUGCUCUUGAAGCCCGCUGAGAAUGCAAUCGGAACGCAUCUUAGAUAACUUGCAUAUCUCGAAUAAGAAUUGUUGAGUUGAAAUGAAAUGAAUUUUUAUCCGAAUGCAUUGGGUAAGGGGAAAUUACUCGGUUUGUUUGCCUCGUCUGUUACGUGAAACUACGAACAUAAUUAUAUUCCGGACCUGUAUGAAUGAAUGUCGGUUAGAUAAAUAAAUUGUCAGCGAUCCCUCUAGGCAUAUGAUUGAUUUACCCUUCUCGAAUCACAUGGACUUACACACAGGGUACAUCACACUGUACACCCUCGUGAUCGGUUGACAGUUUGACAACAGAAACAUAUAAACGAGCGAACAGAUAGAUCUCUUUAUGUCUAUUCUCAGAAGCGUCCAUCAGACAAUAUUCCGAAAUAUUUCCAAUUGUAUUUCGUCUUUGUAGUUUAGUUUUAUUUAAAAUAUUUAUUUUAGACAAAUGAAAAAAUCGCUUGCAAGGCAUGUACAUACUAAAAAAAACUAUCAAAGGAAACAAACUACCGGUUUUAAAAAUUAGUCUUAAUAUAUGGAGUUAUGUAGUGCGAUGGAAGAGCUAGACAGUUUUAUCUAGGUUUUUGGUCAUCAACAUUCAUAUAGUUGAUAAAGAAUUGCAUCACGACUUCAGGUAUACUUCCAUGAUCUCAACUAAGUAUACAUUUACACCAAAACUAUUCAGUUGUAGUUUUAGUUGUAUUAUAUACGCCAAACCUCUAUUUUUGUACUCAACUCUUUAUUUCUCUGUGUACAAAUUUACUUCCAUCAACUAUUAAAUAUUUGUAACAUA